AUGGAUUAUCAAAUUUACGGUGACCCAGGAUGCGGAACAAUGAAGAUGUCCCUUGUUCCUUCUGCAACAACCCAAGUCCGGCCAGCCGGAUCUGUUGACCGCGAGUUAGAUUUUGCCAAACUUGAGGUGAGCCCAAAAGACGAACACAUUGAAAUAGGUUGGAAGAUCCCAAGAAAAACGGUUAGCGACUAUACAUAUGUGGUGAACCAGAUUGAAGAAGGAUCUGGUGGCUCAAAGAAGGUGAAGAAAGUAAUCACGACUGGUGGGAAAAUCGAGAAUCCAGAGGGCAAAGUGAAUCAACCAAUUGACGAGUGUGGUCAGUAUGAGGUUUGGCUGAUGGAGAAGGAGGAAUUAAAGGACCAGAAGACCGUGGAAAUUGUCCAAACAAUCUCAUUAGAGGCAGAGCUGAAUUCAGAUAAAAUUCAGAUUGGUUGGAAUAUCCCGAGAGAAGAUUUUCUUUUGUACAACUACACAAUUAUGAAAGUGACGGAUACAAGCAUCCGAGAUGGCUCCAGUUUUAUGGAAACCAAUCCCGUUGGACAACCCAAAAUGAAGUACGUGGAGAAAACUGUGCCUGAAUGUGGACAGUAUCAAAUCAGUCUAACGAAGCACAUCGAUACGGUGGCCUUGAUGUCUGCCAAAGGCUCGAAAGGAGAUAUUAAAGUCACUGAGUUGCCAACACCUAUCAUAAUCACUGUUCCAUGCACCGGGGCUACUCCUGCAGCUGUGAUCAGCUCUGAGAAAAGAAUUGAAGGUUAG